AUGAGUAUUUACGAUACGGAUAUAAUUCAAGCUUUCAAAAUAAAAGCGCCAAAGAUAGCACGCGAAAAUAUUAUAAAUAUCCAAGAAGAAAUUUUCUUUUCUCUCUCAACUUUAUCAUUUUUUCCGUCGGAGCAAGUCACGGAUGAUGAUAAAUAUUACGAAGGCAUCGUCGUCCAAGUGAAGAGCCAAGGACGACUCUUUCGAAAAUUAUUAAACGAAAGCCAUUUAAAUAGUAAAAGAUCAGCAAAUCUAGCGAGUGAUGUGAUCGAUUAUAUUCGUAAAAUAGAUCUGACAAAAAUACAAGAGGAUAUUGAAAAAAAACGAAUUUUAUAUAAAUUGAAAAAUUCUUGCUCCCGAAUUGUCGAGGAGUGCAAACAGUUAAGCAACGGAUAUGAAGAGAUCAACUUAAAGCUUGCCGAGGCAUACGAUGAAUUAGAUAAUGCCAGAAAAAAAAGAAUUGAAUCUGUCACCAAACCUCGUCGUUCUUCUGUAUUCUCCAAACUUUGGAUAAUAGCAAAGAUAAUUGACCGAUUAGUACCGGCCAUUCAGUUGGCUUUCAUUUUUAUCAUGCAGAAUAUUUCAAUUACUAUCUCGCAAAACGCAACCUAUAACUGA